AUGCCAGCCGUCCGCUCUCUCCACCCAACACGUGUGGCAUGUCUGGUCAUUGGCACUGAUCGCGUGCUCUUAGCCAAUCUCUCGCCGUCCUCCUGGUCACCCUCCCAUCGGCCAUCAACUGCUUCUGCCCGAGAUCAACUGGAAAGCUUAAUCGCCAAGCACGGUCACCCCACUCGAGUCUCACUGUCGUCCUUGCGUGACUUGACAGCGACCUCGUCCACAUAUAAUCCACCAUCGCCGCUGUCUCCUCGUUCGCCUGCCUCAGAUAUUUCGGAACUACCUGAUACUCUCAUCCUCAGUCGUUCCACCUCGCGUCCAAUUCCCAUACCAAAGCCGCCGAGCAGUCCUUACGAUACAGAUCUGCCCGUCACCCCGUUGACAGGGCGUUUUGAAAAGGAUUACUUCCCGCAGUCUGACCAGUCCACCAAGACUUGGAGGAACCGCGAGAGUGUGCCCCGGCUGGACAGUGACCGCUACCGCCGCCGUUCAUACCAACAGCCAUCAUCCAGAAUGCGUUCUGAUAGCUCCUCGUUCUACUCGCCAGUCAUGUCGCCCAGCAUGUCACCUUCAACCCGCUCCGCAUCUCCACAGCCAACACGCUCCCGUCCUCACAACUCCGCCAAGUCGGUGCCAGCCUUCCAUCUCGGCAGCCUGCCUCGGUUCCAUCCCGCUGUCUACCAGCCCUCGAACAACUCCCAGAGUUUGGCCGCACAGCCUCCGUCGCCCCGCCAAUCUCGGCAGCAGUCGCACUGGACGUCGUCCAGCUCCCGUGACACGCUGAGGCAAUACAGAGAAUUGGUGGAAAGCGUCACUCUCUCCAGGGCACCCUCUCGACCGCUCUCACCGAGUCCCUCUGCCCCAAGGCUGGACCCUUUGCGCAGCCCGGGACCUGUGACUCCAUUGGCUCUGGAGGAGACCGGAGGCUACUUGACCAUCGGUGCAACGAGUUCAGACUUUUCUUCGAGCGACUCUCAAAGCUCCAGCGCUGCGCCAGAUCUGAUCGAGAAGCUCAUCGCUCGAGAAGCCGACAGGGCUCGUCAAAAGUCGCGAAAGAGCUCCCAGGGUUGGUGA